AUGAUCGAUGUCCAGGUGCCUGCUCAGUUGAAGGCAGGCACGCUCAUGCUCAAGGUAUCAGCAAAGAAAACCAUCAAGACCAAGGUCUCGCUCGAGUACGAACGCGGCCAAAUCGUCUGGGAGACCAAGAAGGGCGGCUCGCUCAACAUCGAAUCCGUCAGAGAAAUCAGGUUUGGUCAGGAUGCGUCCUACUAUCGUGCACAAUUCAAACUCAGCCCUGACUUGGAAGGACGCUGGUUGACGAUCAUCUAUCUGUCCAAGAAAUCGACCUACAAGAUGCUCCAUCUCAUCGCCUGUGACCUCGAAACAUUCGAAAUCUGGAAGGACACCCUCCACCAAAUCUUGGCCUUCAGACGCGAACUAUUGGGCGGCUUGAACCACAUGCGCAAGAGACAGGAUUACUGGUUGAAACAGAAUUGGACUCAGGGUGACAGUACGGAAGAUGCCAAGUUGGACUUCCAGGAGAUCGUCAAUCUUUGCCGCAAGCUCAACAUCUCCGUCCCCCAGUCAGAUAUUCGGGCCCAUUUUGAUAUCGCCGACUCUCAGAAACGCGGAUAUCUCGAUUUCCCGGCUUUCCAACAUUUUGUCAAACUUAUGAAACGACGGCCCGAUAUUCAGUCCUUAUUUCAACAAUUCACUUUUGGCAGAGACCUCAUGAGUGUAGAGGAAUUCACCCAAUUUAUGAAACAAAUUCAACACUCUGAAUUAUCGACUUCGACAAUCCACGCGAUUUACACGAAAUUUUUGGAUGAUGAUGAUACCGAGAAAGAAAAUCAGGAUGCCAAUCCUGCAAGACAGAUGACCAUCGAAGGAUUCGCGAGCUUUCUUCAAUCGGCCGAUAAUUCGGCCCUCCACGAGAAACACACCGCCGUCCAUCAGGAUAUGUCCCUGCCGCUUCACGAUUAUUUUAUCUCUACCUCUCACAAUACUUACCUCGUUGGCAAUCAACUCAAAGGCGAAAGUACCGUCGAAGGCUACAUUCGCGCCUUGCAACAUGGAUGCCGAAGUGUCGAGCUGGACUGUUGGGAUGGAGAUGCAGGCGAGCCGGUGAUCUACCAUGGUCGAACGUUAACGAGAAAAUUGCUGUUAUCAGAAGCGCUCAAAGCGAUCUCAAAGCACGCAUUUGUUGCCUCACCUUACCCCUUGAUCCUAUCCUUGGAGGUCCAUUGUCAGCCCUCUCAACAGGAACGUCUUGCUGAGCUUUUGAAAACUUGUCUGGGUGAAGCUUUGGUCGAUCGCCACCUUGAAAAUCAUGCGCCUGGAACCUUGCCUAGUCCGAAAGACUUGAUGUACCGCAUACUGGUCAAGGCUAAGAAGCCAGUAGUAGGAACAGAUGCUCCAAGAUCGACUAAUUUAUACUCCAACUUCGAUAGCUCCGCUACCUCGACAACAUCAGGCUCAUCUACGAGUUCAGACUCGGACUUGAAGCGCAGAAUCUCAAACGCCUCAAAUGUCUUGGGUGAAAGGUUCAAGCGUAUUGCCUCUGCCAUGUCGAUCCCUAGUGCACCUGCCGAGAGAUCGCUGCCAGCGAUGAGCGACCAGUCGCCCACACUCUCCGGCCAGGCCGGCCCGAGCUCACUCGUCCCGGGGCCCGCCAUGGGCUCGGUAACACCAACGAAGAUUCCAACGGCGCCGCUGACAAACAGUCUUUCGAGCCUGAUCGUUUAUACCGUCGGCGUCAAGGCGCGCGGGUUCAACAAAUUGACGACCUAUGAGCCCGAACAUAUAUUAUCGCUCUCCGAGCGCACCGUCAACAAGUUUCUGAAAGGCGGUACACUCAGGAUGUUGGACCUCAUCCAGCACAACCGUAACCAUCUCACUCGGGCCUAUCCCGCCGCGACUCGCGUCUUCAGUUCCAACUUCUUGCCCCAUAGGUUCUGGGCCGUCGGCCUCCAAUUGGUCGCUUGCAACUGGCAAACUCAUGACUUGGCAAUGGAGCUCAACUCGGCUUUCUUCGAUCAAAACGGCCGAUCGGGGUAUCUUCUGAAACCAUUGUCCCUGAGGAUCAAAGGAAAAGAGAAAGAAGCGGCGACGAAGAUGCACAAGUAUCAGUUAAAUAUCACUAUUAUCUCGAUCCAGCAAUUGCCCAAGUUGGCGGUCGAAGACGAUAAUGCGGGAAUCGAUCCUUCUGUGGAAGUCCAGGUGAUCUCACCCGUCCCCAGUUCCUCCUGCAGUUCGCCGCCUCAAUCUACUAAACGAAGGACAAGGGUCGUCAAGGGUAACGGAUUCAAUCCGGUUUAUCACGAAGAAUUUAAGAUUCAAUUCCAGACCCCGGGGGAGAUGUUAGAUCUUUGUUUCUUAAGGUUGUUGGUCAUUGAUGCCGGAUAUGGGGGCGGAAAUAGUGGGAAAGACGAAGAAGGAUUGGUGGGCAAAGUCUGUGUUUGCUUAGGCGCACUGCAACCAGGUUAUCGGCAUCUACCGCUUCAUGAUGAUUCCGGUCAACAGCUCUUAUUCGCGUCGAUUUUCAUCAAGACUUCGCUCUCCAAACUCCCUUGA